UCCGCUUGGACUGGUAGCGCCGGUCACAGUUCUACUCAAGCUAAUCUUCCAAGAACGCAAUGCCAAGUACCACGGUAUAUUGCGUCACCAUUUCGAGAUGUUCAACUACACGGAUUCGCCGACGCAUCCUCGCACGCCUACGGUGCGGUAGUUUACCCUCGAGUUGCAGUUGGAUGCAGCUUUCAAGUAACUCUGGUUGCCGCCAAAACACGGGUGGCCCCGAUCAAGCCCGUAUCAAUUCCACGUUUGGAGCUAAACGCUGCGUUACUUCUAUCUCGAUUGCUUUCUAUUGUCAAAACAUCACUAAAAAUUCCUCUUUUCAGCACGAGCUGCUGGACAGAUUCAGAAAUUGUGCUACACUGGCUUUCAGCUCUCCCUCGACGGUGGAACACCUACGUCUGCAACCGAACUUCUGAGAUAUUGAGCGACUUUCCCGUAGCUGCUGGAACCAUGUUCGCACGGAAGACAAUCCUGCUGAUUGUGCUUCCCGAGGACUUCAUCCGUCAAAGCUUCUGGAGCAUCGACUGUGGUGGAAAGGUCCGUCCUGGCUGGCCACACCCACCUCUGAGUGGCCACCUUCUACAAGCAAGUUCAGCGUAUCUUCAAGUUUCGAUGUCAACACCGAAGAACGAGCCAUAA